AGUGGAGCUGGCACAUGAUAUUUUUAUUUUAACAAGACAUUAGUUAUCAAAGGUUGCAUUUUCUGCAUCCUAAAUCAUUUAGUGAACAAGUGCAGAGAAUAAGGCGAGGAAAACUCACAGCACAACUGAGCAAACACAGAGUAGUGACAGCAGUGCUUUUUUGUUAAGCAGAAUGUUUCUGUCACAUUUAAGAGAAGUUCUUCAUAAAUGACAUGAUUAGAAUUUACAUAAAACUGUAGGGGAAAAGUGUUACAAGACAAGGUUGAUGUUGAGUGAGCAGAUAAAGGACAAUUGCCUUCCCACCUCUCUCGGACAACGACGGUGCUGCUGGCCAAGGCCUCCACGGACACCCCAGCAGAAGGAGGGCAGGCAAAAUGGCCUCUAUCUUCCGGAGUGAGGAGAUGAGCCUGAUGCAGCUCUUUCUCCAGGUGGAGGCUGCCUACUGCUGCGUGGCUGAGCUCGGGGAGCUGGGCUUGGUUCAGUUCAGAGAUCUGAAUGUGAAUGUCAACAGCUUCCAGAGAAAGUUUGUGAAUGAAGUGAGAAGGUGUGAAUCCUUGGAGAGGAUCUUGCGUUUUCUGGAAAAUGAGAUGGAAGGCAAUGUUGAGAUGGUCAAACUAGAAAAGUACCCAGAGACCCCUCUGCCUCGGGAAAUGAUUGAUAUGGAGACGGUGCUGGAGAAACUUGAGGCCGAGCUGCUGGAAGCCAACCAGAACCAGCAAACUCUGAAGCAGAACUUCCUUGAGCUGACAGAGCUCAAACAUCUGCUGAAGAAAACACAGGACUUUUUUGAGACAGAAACCAAUCUGCCAGAUGAUUUCUUCAAUGAAGACACAUCUGGCUUACUGGAGCUGAGAAGCACUCCUGCUGCUGCAGCUGCCAAGCUGGGAUUCACAGCAGGGGUAAUAAAGAGGGAAAGGAUGAUACCCUUCGAGCGUUUACUGUGGCGAGCCUGCAGGGGAAACAUCUACCUGCGGUACACUGAAAUGGAUACUCCUCUGGAGGACCCUGUCACGAGAGAAGAGAUGAAAAAGAAUGUGUUCAUUAUCUUCUAUCAAGGAGAGCAGCUUAAACAAAAAAUCAAGAAGAUUUGUGACGGAUUUCGUGCCACAGUCUAUCCCUGUCCUGAGUCUGCAUCCGAGCGUCGAGAAAUGCUUGAUGGCGUGAACACAAGGAUCGAGGAUUUAAACACAGUAAUGACCCAAACUGAGUCUCACCGCCAGAGAUUGCUGCAGCAGGCAGCAGAGAACUUGUGGUCCUGGGGGAUCAAGGUGAAGAAAAUCAAGGCCAUCUACCACAUUCUGAAUUGCUGCAACAUUGAUGUCACCCAGCAAUGUGUCAUUGCGGAAAUCUGGUUCCCAGUGGCUGAUGCUGGACGGAUAAAAAGAGCUCUCCAUCAGGGAAUGGAGCGAAGUGGCUCUACCAUUGCCCCUAUCCUGACUGCCGUGCACACCAAGAUGGCGCCUCCCACCUUCAACAGGACCAACAAGUUUACGGCUGGCUUUCAGAACAUCGUGGAUGCAUAUGGCGUGGGCAACUACAGGGAGAUGAAUCCAGCUCCUUACACCAUCAUCACCUUCCCCUUCCUGUUUGCGGUGAUGUUUGGAGAUUGUGGCCAUGGCGCUGUCAUGCUGGGCUUUGCACUCUGGAUGGUCACUAACGAGAAGAGCCUUUUGGCACAGAAGAGCACUAAUGAGAUCUGGAACACCUUUUUCAGCGGGCGCUACCUGAUCCUGCUCAUGGGCAUAUUCUCCAUGUAUACUGGCUUCAUCUACAAUGACUGCUUCUCCAAAUCAUUCAACAUCUUUGGCUCUUCCUGGCAUGCCAUCGCCAUGUUUAAAAAUAACACUUGGACUAACGAUAUGCUUCAGGAAAAUACGGCGCUGCAGUUGGAUCCAGCAGUCCCAGGAGUCUACUCUGGAAAUCCAUAUCCAUUUGGAAUAGAUCCGAUCUGGAAUAUUGCAUCAAACAAGCUGACUUUCCUGAACUCCUACAAAAUGAAGAUGUCGGUUGUCAUAGGGAUUGUGCACAUGAUUUUCGGCGUAAUACUCAGUCUCUUCAACCACAUCUACUUCAAGAGAUAUAUAAACAUUAUCCUGCAGUUCAUUCCAGAGAUGAUCUUUAUUAUCUCUCUUUUUGGCUACCUGGUCUUCAUGAUUAUUUUCAAAUGGUGCUAUUUUGAUGUCAACUCAUCCCAGAGUGCGCCAAGUAUUCUCAUCCACUUCAUCAACAUGUUCCUGUUUAGUUACAGUGAUGACACAAACGCUCCAUUGUAUCUGCAUCAGAAGGAAGUACAGAGCUUUUUGGUCAUAUUUGCUCUGAUUGCUGUUCCCUGGAUGCUUCUAAUUAAACCUUUCAUUCUCCGAGCCAACCACCAGAAAGCACAGCGCAUGGUUCUGUCCCAAGCCAACUCAGGAAACCCUGCAAAUGAAAGCGAAGCAGAUGUCCCAGAGGCCAACCACUCCAAGAAAGCUGCCCAGGGAGACCAUAGUGGUGGCCAUGGAGGACACGAGGAUGAUGAUGAAGAGUUCAGCUUUGGAGAUACGUUUGUCCACCAAGCUAUCCAUACCAUCGAAUAUUGUCUGGGCUGCAUCUCCAACACAGCAUCCUACCUGCGGCUCUGGGCACUGAGCUUAGCUCAUGCACAACUGUCAGAGGUUCUCUGGACCAUGGUGAUGCACAAUGGGCUCAACAACAGCAGCUGGGUAGGCCUCAUUGUCGUCUUUAUCAUCUUUGCAGCAUUUGCAGUGCUGACUGUAGCCAUCCUGCUUGUCAUGGAGGGGCUCUCAGCCUUUCUGCAUGCUUUGCGUCUUCACUGGGUGGAGUUCCAGAACAAGUUCUACGUCGGGGCAGGCUACAAAUUUUCUCCAUUCUCCUUCAAGCACAUUAUAGAUGGCACCGCAGAAGAAUAAAGUCAGUGCAUCACUUCCUCACUCCUGAGAACAGGUUUUAUUUUCUCAUAAUCAAUUACCCACAGAGUGGGGUAUAUAGAAUUAAACAGUGGGAUGUGGCCCUUAAAAGAAGAAGAGCCGUGAUGAAAAUGUUUUAGCUUGGCAAAAAUGCAACUCUCAAAGCUAGCCACUUUCACAUGUAGUACUGUAUCAGGUGAGAGCAACAAACAUACUGCAUCAACUGGGCUAUCUGGACCCUUGGCUGCAUAUUUCUGCUGAAGUCUGCCAAGUACCUGGACCUCAGCACUUGGUCAGGUCAGCUGUCGACUGCUUGGUUAAAAAGAGGAGAUGCACCUUUUUGAAUUCAAUUGAUCAUCAGUAAUCAACUUGCAUAUGUUUUGUGCCAUUUAGUGCCUUAUAUUUGUGGUAUAUUUCUUUCCCGGGAAAAUAAAUUUUGCCUGUUUCUUCAAGCUGUGGUUGAUCAUAUGACAGCGAUUAACUCCCUUAGAAGAUUGUAGCCCUUCAUUCAGCACACAAUACAAAACAGCUUAAAGACAGAUCAUAUUGCAGGCUUGCAAUUUUCUAUAUACUUUAGUACAACCACCCUCCUUUUAUCUGAUUUGCUCCAGGGCUUGACAGUGCUAGAUUAUAGACUUUUGCACACAUCAUCACUUAAGAAAAGUGUUAGUUUUGAGCAGUGUAAACAAAAGAAUGUACUAGUUUGCAUUUUGUCAGCCAACUUAUUUUUUUGUAUUGACUUGUUUCUCAUUGGAGAUUUAAGAUGACUCCUCUUGUGCAAUAUUUUUCAAUACUUUGUUAAAGCAAACUGUAUAAAAUGGAAAAACCUAGUGAACAGAAAGAAGAAAUAAACUAAGACAAUUGAGAUGAA